AGUGUUUGACAUGUUUACAUCAUAGAACAUAGGUUAGAUUUUUGGUAACUGAUAGACUUCUUUAGAUAAAAAAAAACGAUAACAAGUCAUGAUAACUAGAAUUAAAUGCGUUGCUCUAAAUAAUACUGUGAAUUUAUAACAAUGAUAAUGCGUAGAGUAACACAGAAAUUUUUAAUACUCAUUUUCGGUUUACUGUUUACAUAUUUUUAUUGUGAAUAUCUUAUUUAUUAUGUAGUGGUAGCACAGUGUUCUUGGCCAACAACAGAGAGGUUAAUUGAGGGUCAAUAUUUAAAAUCUUUUAUACUUGCCGACACACAUUUGUUGGGCCCUUAUAGGGGUCAUUGGCUGGAUAAAUGGAGGCGCGAAUUUCAGAUGCAACAAGCCUUCCAAGCAGUUAUAACUUUACAUAAACCCGAUGUAGUGUUUGUUUUAGGGGAUCUGUUUGAUGAAGGCGAAUGGACCAAUGAGAAACAAUUUCAAGACUAUGUGGACCGUUUUCAUAAAUUAUUCAAGUUACCUAAUGAUAUAAAGAUGCAUGUGGUGGCCGGCAACCAUGAUAUAGGAUUCCAUCAUAACCUUAGAAGAUUCUCAACCAAGAGAUUUGUUGACAAGUUCCAAGCACCGUCAGUCCAACAUUUAGUAUUGAAAAGCAGUCACUUCAUACUUAUUAACUCAAUGGCCCUGCAUGGUGACUCAUGUGAACUAUGUCUAGAUGCUAGACAUUCUAUUAAUAGGAUUUCUGAUGCAAUGAAUUGUGCAGAAAAUGUUGAGAAAUGUAACACUGAACAAGUUAAUUUCAAUUAUUCUCGUCCUAUUAUAAUGCAGCAUUUUCCACUAUACCGUGUAUCAGAUGCUGCUUGUACUGAACCAGAUGCACCACCUUUGCCGGAGAGGAAUAAAAAAUUUAGAUUGAAAAUAGAUGCACUAUCCAAAGAAUCCACAACAUUUUUAAUUAAAAAGUUAAAGCCUCGAGCAGUAUUUGGAGGGCAUACACACCAUGGCUGUAAAUUACUUCACACUUAUAAGGAUUUAAAAAUAGAGUUUUUAGAAUACUCAGUGCCAUCUUUUUCAUGGAGAAAUAGACUCGAUCCAAAGUUUAUGUUGGUAACUAUAUCCCCAGAGACAUAUGCAGUCAACAAAUGUGGCUUACCAAAGGAAGGAACAAUAAUACUUACUGCAAUGAUCAUGAUUUUUGCUUUAGUAAUUUUUAUAAGUACAAAGAGGACAAUCGGGAGAUGAUUUCAAUGAAAAGCAAGACUCCAAUCUCAUGAUUAUAUUCCAUAAUAAAUACUUUUGACAAGAUCUGAGCAUUUUGUACACUGUACAUUUCAUUGGAAACAAUUGCUCACACAAUACACAAUGUUUUCUUUUAUUUUAAAUCAAACCAUAAUCUGAAGCAAUCAUUUAAAAUAAUACAUGCUAUGUCAUAAUAGUAUGUCAGCUUACAGAUUCACAUCCUCAAGUGAAACAUUGAAAUCACUUAAGAAAUUAUCACAAACAGUACUUCACUUACAUUUAAAAAUUACUUAAAACUUAAAGAUUUCCAAAUAAAUUAUUAAUGAACUAAUAAAGUAAAUUAGAGGUAGAUAAAAAAACGUUUUUAGAGAUUCGUACAUUUCUAAUACAAAAAUACUGGUGUUGGUAAUACAACAGCGAAAAUAAAAUACAAAAUAUUACCACCAGGUCACAAUCGAUGGGAUUUUACGAGAAAACGAGAUUCAACAGUUAAGUACAUAUCAAACUAUUAUAAUACAUAUAGUAGGCUGUUUAUAGCAAAGCACCUAACUCUUAUAUACUAAAAGUCAGUCUAUAUACUCUCAGAAGAGACAUCUUCCUACAUACAUAUAUAUUAUAUGAGCACAUCUAAAGCUUUUACAAAUAUUGUGAAUAUUCUAUGUAAAAAAGCCAGUCAAGAAAACCAAUAGUUUUAAAUGUCUGUUAUGACAAAAGGGGAUUCUCUUUGUCUGUUUACUGGUUCAUACAAAAUGCAGUAUAAGGCACAUUAAAAAAAUAAGUACAAAAAAAUUUAAAUCUGACCAUUUCAAUUAAUUACAUCAGUAAAUUGUAGG